AUGGCCUUACCAGCUUCAGAACCCUUACCUGCCAUGGCCUCCCGGACCCUCGCUUCCUGUCGAGUUGCGCUAAUCGCGGCGUCAAUCGCGCUGCUUGUGAUGCUCGCCGGAAUCCCAUCGUCGGCUGCCGUCGCGCCUGCGCCAGUUGCGGUGCACUCGAGCAUGUUUCAACCGCUAAACGCACUGGGCAAGGCGCUGCGGGUACCGAGCAGCUAUGGGUGGUUGGGCACGCGCGAGUGCAACGACGGGUGGACGGGCGUCGUGUGCGACGCCGACGGCAAACCGAUUUCGAUACAAUUCAAGUCAUCAUUCAAUGGAGGAUUUCUUUCUUCUGACGUCACCAAACUCACAUCGCUCCAAACACUGCUUCUUGACCAGGUGAACAUCGGGGGCUUGGUUCCAGCGGGCAUGGAGAGCCUUCAGCUGCUGACCGCGCUGUCACUGAACGGCAAGUAUCUAAGAGGGGAGGUGCCACCUGCACUGGGUCAACUCACCAACCUCGUCCACCUAUCCAUCAAGGGCGGCGAUCUCUUUGGCGGUCUGCCUGACGAGCUCAGCUCUCUCACGCGCCUCAUCUACCUCGCCAUCGGCUCAAAGCCUUCGUUCGGCCAGCUCACCAACAUUCGAGGACCCCUCCCUGCCGCCUACUCAUCCCUCGUCGCCCUACAGUACCUCGACCUGGGCUUUAAUCGCCUCUCGGGACCCAUUCCAGACUCCUGGGGUGCUCUUUCCAGCCUCUUCUACUUGUCCAUGCCCAACAACCUCCUCUCUCAACGCAUCCCCUCAGCUGUUGCCAGCUUGCCCCAUUUGGACUAUGUGAAUCUCGCCAACAACGUUCUCUCCGGUGAAAUACCCGCUUUCUCCGACACGGUAGACGUUUUACACGUGCCCCGCAACCUUCACACUGGCAACCUCCCCCGGCUUCCUCUCCUCAUCACCUCCCUUUCUGUCGCCAACAACUUCCUCACUGGACCCCUUCCGAACGUCUUCCCGCCGCAACUCAAAUCUCUCGAUCUCCGGAGAAACUAUUUUGUCGGGGUCUUGGCGCAAAGGGUUUCAUCAGAUCCGCGUUUCAAUUUGAAGGCCAGCGGCAACUCUCGUUCGCGUGUCAACUCUCGUUCGCGUGUCAACUCUUGGUCGCGUGUCAACUCUCGUUCGCGCGUCAGCAUGCAGAAGUGGCUGGGCGAACUUCCUGAGGAGCGCCGCUCGCAGAUCUUCAGCGGCAUCGCGGGCGCCGGUGCAGGCGCCAUAGCCGCCACGUUUGUCGCGCCGCUCGAUGUCGUCAAAACGCGCCUCCAAGUGCAGUCAGUUCCCCGCUCCCGCCCACAACCUGCCGCCGGCAGCACUACCGGCCAAACAGCCGGCAGCCUAACGGCCGCCGCCCAACUCAACCAGCACUGCAACCCUACCCCAGCCCAACCCUCAAGCCUCGCAAGCUCCCCGCGAUCCGCCGCCGCAGGUGUCCCCGUUAUGAGCUGUCUCGCUGCAAGAAACGGGCUGUCAAUUGCUCGCGCAGGGAUAGGCAGGCAAGCGGGGGCGGGGCAAGAAAUUUCCGCCUGCGCCACGUCCGGAGGCCCGCAUUCCCGCCCCCCUGGCUCCCCGCACUCACCGGGGCCUCCGCUUCCCCCCGGGGGAAAUGCGGCGGGGAGCGUGGCGGGCGCGUCGGGGACGCAUGCGCGCGCGGGGAGGGCGGGGGGCGCAAAGGCGGGGGUGAUUGCGACGACUCUGCGCGCCAUCUGGCGGGAGGAGGGCAUCCGCGGACUGUACAGGGGGCUGUGCCCGUCCGUCGUGGCGCUGCUGCCGAACUGGGCGGUAAGGAGGGCGCGUGGGGCGAAGGGGGAAAGAGAGGCGGUCUGGUGCAAAGGAUAA